AGGACGCAGCAGCACGCGAACAAAAGGCUCUCUUCUCUUGUUCGUGUCAGGUAAAAACUUGGUCUCGCUGGAGAAGGAAAAAAAGAAAAAAGUAAAACACACACCACAGUAUAAAAAAGUAAAACCUUUUUUUGUUUUCACAUUUCGUCAUGAGUAGUAACAUCCAUUCGCCGGUCACCACAAUACCCAGUUUCCGUUUUCUUCCGUAGUAUAGUGUCCCCUUUUCUCCAUUCUCUUCACUUCCGUUAUUUUUUGCGUCGCCAUCGUAAGGUUCUUUUCAUUUUAUGUUAUAUUCUGUUGUGCCAAUUUUAUUUUUUUUUGGCUUUGGGGUAUUUCUUUUUUCCCUUAAAAAACUUCAAUCGUUAGUAACGUAGAGACAUUGACAGUGAAAGAAGUGUGCUUUUUUGUCUGUUUCUCUCUGGGUUUUACUCUCCACAUUCUCUAUAUUUGUCUUGAACCCCCCAACACACACACUUCUCUCAAUUUGGAUUCAUGGGUUCUAACUCCAUAUUCAAAAUCAUUCUUUGAUGGGUUUUCUGAUCAAUCAAGUUAAGGUAAGUGUCUGUCCCAACUUGUUUUUUGUGAGUUUCACCUUGUCACUGAGUGAGUGUUUUUGUCCACUUCAAAACUGGAUCCCAUCUGUUUGUUGAAAAACCGCAAAGGGAAAAAGCUCGGUAGUUGAAUUGAAUUGCAGCCGAAAAUGAAGGAUUUUCCUUCUUGUUUUGGCGAAAAUGGAGUUCAAGUGGCGGAUUCUUCGUCUUCAAGCACUAAUAAAAGUGCGCAGAAUGUGGUUACUUGUGUUUAUCAAUGCAGGGUUGGUGGUAGUUCCCGCCUGAUUACUGUCACAUGGAGUAAGAAUUUGAUGGGGCAAGGCCUUGGCGUUGGUAUCGACGAUUCAUCAAGCCAGAGUCUCUGUAAGGUGGAUAUCAAACCGUGGGGGUUCUCCAAGAGGAGAGGUUGUAAGAGUCUAGAGGUUCAUUCUUGUAAAGUUGAUGUGUAUUGGGACCUUUCUUCGGCUAAAUUUGGUUCUGGGCCGGAACCGUUGGGGGGAUUUUAUGUGGGAGCUGUUGUGGAUGGACAAAUGGUACUUCUUCUGGGGGAUUUGAGGAAAGAAGCUUUCAAGAAGACCAAUGCCAAUCCACUACCCCACAAUGCAGCUUUGGUUGCCAAGAAAGAGCAUGUUUUUGGUAAGAAGUUGUAUGGUACCAAGGCUGUGUUUUGUGACAAUGGCCAAAUUCAUGAUCUUGUCAUUGAGUGUGGCACUGCAAGUGUUGGUGAUCCGAGCCUUGUAAUUCGCAUUGACAGCAAAACUGUGAUGCAAGUGAAGCGGUUGAGAUGGAAGUUCAGGGGGAAUCAUACUAUCCUGGUAGAUGGCCUUGCAGUGGAAGUUUUCUGGGAUGUUCAUAAUUGGCUCUUUGGUACAUCCCUUGGAAAUGCCGUCUUUAUGUUCAGGACAUGCCUCUCCGCGGCGGACAAGUUGUGGGCUAGCCAACCACCUUCUGAUUUGGCGUGGUCUUUCUCUGAGAGAUUUCCUGAGACCAAAUUGCAGGGUCUUAGUUUCUCUCUUGUUUUGUAUGCUUGGAAGAACCAGUAGAUAUGCUAAAAUCCAUCACAUAUUGAGUACUAACAGACCUGUCAGUGAGUUUUGAUUUAUCAACAAUGUGAUUGAAACACAGUUGAGUAAAAAUGAGUACUUUUGUUUCUCUCAUUCCCCUUGUUAAAUUCAUAUCCUCAAUGCUAUUUGAACAAAUCAGAGACUUUUCCCCCCAAAUGGCUGUACAUUUGUCUUCAAGUGUUAACUUUAUGGUCCAUAUUACUUGAAAUACAAAGUUUACAGUAUGUUUAUCCAA